AUGGGUUGUCUACUUUCCUGUGUAGCCUGUUGUUUUUGUGACGCGGCGGCAAGUUUGUGCUGCAAAUGUUUGCCAUCCUGCAAAAGUUCAACAUCAACCAGAUUGGUCUAUGGUCUCUUAUUACUCUCAGUCAUUAUUUUGUCAAGCGUUGCUUUGAGUCCAGAGGUUGGAAAACUUUUGAAACGGAUUCCAUCAUUGUGCCCAGGCGAACCAAAUAAUAUAUGCCAGCUAAUAACUGGUUAUGGUGCGGUUUAUCGAAUGUGUUUUGCGUUAUCGCUUUUCUUCUUUGUUUUUUCAUUAAUUAUGAUCGAAGUAAGGUCCUCACGUGACUUUCGAUCGGCAAUACACAAUGGAUUUUGGUUUUUCAAAAUCUUAGCCAUAAUUGGCAUAAUGGUUGGGGCGUUCUUCAUACACGACCCUCUAUUUCUCUCGGUUUGGAUGAUAUUUGGAAUGAUCGGUGCUUGUCUCUACAUAUUGCUCCAGCUGGUGUUACUUGUUGACUUUGCUCACACGUGGAAUGAGAAGUGGGUUGGAGCCUACAAUGAAUCGGGAAAUCGUUCUUAUGUCUGCGCUCUCAUAUCUUCCACAGUGUUCUUCUACUCCCUAAGUAUUGCAGCCGUUGUCCUUUUCUACAUUUAUUUUGCCUCGGCACCGUGCUGUCGCCUUGGAAAAAUGCUUGUCAGCAUUAAUUUGAUUCUUUGUGUUAUAUUAAGUGUCAUUUCUAUCUUGCCAGUUGUCCAAGACAAAUUGCCGUCCUCAGGUCUGCUCCAGUCAUCAGUCAUUUCAGCCUACAUCAUGUUCCUCACGUGGUCUGCACUAGUUAACGUUCCGGAGGUUGCAUGUAACCCAACACUGCGCACCACCAACAAGACCAUCAUCGUCGACGGUAAGGAGGUUACCGCAGUCUCACUUGUCAUACUCAUGAUCUCCGUUGUGUAUGCAAGCAUCCGCACCAGCUCACAUAACACUGGUGGUAUGGAUACCUCUAAUGCGGAAACCAGUCCCUCCACCGAAACCGCAGAGAGAGGCCAGCUGGUGUGGGACAACGAGAAGGAGGGCGUGGCCUACAGCUACGCCAUGUUCCACUUCAUGAUGUCGCUGGCAACGCUCUUUGUGAUGAUGUCCAUCACCGACUGGUACCGCCCCGACAGCCAGACUUCUAUGCUGUCGGCCAACUACGGUAGUUUUUGGGUUAAGGGCGCGAGCAGUUGGGUGUGCGUUGCCAUCUACAUCUGGACCCUUGUGGCUCCGGUCAUGUUCCCCGAUCGCGACUUCUCGUAG